AUGGGAGCGAUAACCAGCGCAGUGAUAGCGAUAGUGGGGGUGGUGCUGGGUUGGAUAACCAUCGAGAUUGCCUGCAAGCCUUGCCUUGAGCAAGGCCGCCAAGCCAUCGAUCGCAAUCUUAACCCCGACUACGAUCCCGAUGACGACGUCGUUUCCUCUGAUAUCCGCGCCCCUCUCAACCCUAACUCCACCGCCACCACCAUCCGUGUCGAGGUGGAGGAAGAUCCCAAGGCCGCUGCUACCUCCACUUCUGCUCAUUCCGAUGCGCUCAAGGCCGUCUGA